AUGGCAUGGCGCUGUACAGGAAAAAGUAACAUGGAGCUAGUCGAGAAUUUGAAACAAGCUGGCAUCAUUACGAAGCAACGAGUUGUGGACGCAAUGAACAAGAUUGACAGAGGUGAUUAUGCUCCACGUGGUGCCUAUCUUGAUGAACCGCAGUCGAUCGGUUAUGGUGCUACUAUCUCUGCUCCACAUAUGCAUGGAUAUGCAUUGGAUAUGAUGGAGGAGUUUCUUCAACCUGGAAUGCGAGCAUUGGAUGUUGGUUCUGGUUCAGGGUACUUGACAGCAUGCAUGGCAGAGAUGGUGGGACCCGAAGGACAAGUGAUUGGUAUCGAGCAUAUUGAACAACUGGUUGAAGCAAGUGAACGAAAUCUCAGCAAAGAACAUCCUGAUUGGCUCGAGAAUGAACGUGUCAAGUUUGUUGCUGGAGAUGGGCGUAAAGGCUAUCCUGAAGGAGAGUUUUAUGAUUGCAUACACGUAGGAGCAGCUUCAAGUGACAAGCCCACAGAAUUGCUACGUCAACUCAAGUCACCAGGAAGAUGUUUCGUCCCAGUCGGUGGUAUGCUUCAAAAGAUCAUUGUCUACGAUAAGGAUAAGCAUGGAAACAUCCGAGAAAAGCCUGAAAUGGGUGUAAUGUAUGUUCCCCUCACUGACAAAAACAAGCAAUACCCUGGAGGCUUUUAA